AGUUUGACUCCGAAACGAACCCGAAUCCCCUCCACCCGAAACCCUAAGACCUUGUUCCCUCUCCAAUGGCGAUUGAACCCUAAAACCCCCAAUCACAGCUCCCCAAAACCCUGAUUCCCCAAAAUGCCCCUUCUCACCACCAAAAUCCCUCGCCGCCCCCUCCUCCGCCUCCUCUCCACCGCCUCCGGCGGCACCACCGCCAUCGAAUCCCGAGACCAGAAGCUCAACCGGAUCGCCGACGAUCUCCUCGCCCUCACAAAGGCCGAGCGCGAAGACUACUCGACCCUCUUCCGCCACAAGCUGGGCCUCACCCAGUGGGUCCUAGCCUUCGGCCUCAAUGCUGCCUACGCCACGGGCCCUGCAUGUGGAGAACCGACAGCGGAGGAGAAGAAAUAAGAGAAGACAGUGUUCGAUAUCAAACUGGAGACAGCGGAGGAGAAGAAAGAAGAGAAGACGGCGUUCGAUAUCAAACUGGAGAAGUUCGAGGCCGCAGCGAAGAUUAAGGUUAUUAAAGAAGUGAGGGCGUUCACUGAUUUAGGGCUGAAGGAGGCGAAGGAGUUGGUGGAGAAAACGCCGGUGGUGAUCAAGAAGGGAGUUUUGAAAGAGGAGGCCGAGAGGAUUGUUGCGAAGUUGAAGGAGAUUGGUGCUGCUGCUAUUUUGGAGUGAAAUUUUGGAAUUUCAUAUGCAACUGGAAUUCUAGGACCGACUUCAACAGCUAUUCUUUGUGAGUGCUCGGGUGAUCCCACUUAUUUCUUUCUUUGUUAACCCUGUUGGGCGCUCGAGUGAGGGGAAAUAAAUGCUCACGCUUUCGGAACCCUUGGUCAUUUCUGAAGGAGAUUUUCUGUAUUCUGGGCUCAUCAUCCCACAUUUUUUGCAAUUCUGUAUGUUAUUGUUGUUGUUUGAUGGCAUUACACAUUGCAGAUAUGUAGUUUGUAUGUCCGUAUGUAGGAAAAUAGAGAAAUGAAGCUGACUCGACUGCAUUAAAUCUAUGAUACUCGGACAAUGCGUUCUGUUGGAUGCUCAUGAAAUUUGGUAGAUAAAAGUGGCGUUUCUCCAGUAAGUAGCGUGCGCCAUAUUGUCA